UAAAAUGCAAGUCGUAAGACCUGCUAUACGCUGCGUUUUGAUGUUCCUUACACUGGGCAGCGGCCACCCUCUUCUUCUUCUCUCUCUGGCUCGCGCGCGCCUCUCAGUUGUUUUUACUCAAUUUCUAAUCUACUGAUCGAUUCUCAGAUUGCUUAAGUUUGUAUUUUCAGGGACAGGGAGAGUGUGCUUGCGGGUUUUUUCAGGCAGCGAUAAACUGGUGUAUGUGACGGUGGUGGAGGGAGGGGCCUUGGUCGAGAAUUAAGUGGUAGCUGCAGUUGCCAAACCAUGAUUUCAAGGCAGGAUACAGGAUAAAUACUAAUACACUAAUUUUGGGUUUCUUUCUAUUUGUUUUAUCAAUCACAAAGUUGAUAGGGUUCGUAAUUUGUGGUGUUUUAGUUUCAGAGUGCAGAGAAUGUGGAAGAAUAUAUAUUGCAGAAGGGUGGUAUCUCAGGGUAGAAGUUACUCAAGAAUAGCUCCUCCACCACCUGCCUAUGCCAAUCCAGUUAUUAGAGUCUCCAACAAUGUUGCUCAUUUGGGCUCUCCUAAAGAUGGACCCAAGCCACGCCAGCUCCUAUCCUUGCCCCCAUUCCCCGGCCUUCCUUUGCCUGGAAGGAAUUCCAUGGCAUCUCAUGUCACUGCCAUUAGCUGGGUCAAGUAUUACUUUGAUGAAAUCCUUGACUCUGCAAUUCAGUCACAUUUUAAUAAGGGCCUUGUCCACAUAGAGUGCCCAAAUGGUAGUGGCUCAAUAGAAUAUGGAGGCCAAAUGUCUUUGAGAAAGAUUAAACACAAUGACAUCAUGGAAGCAGGAGCAAGAGUUCAUGUUGCUGUAUCAGUAGCUGAGACUAGGAUUUCCAAGAGGUUUGAUACCAUACCAAGCGGAACUUUAUAUCCAAAUGCUGAUGAGAUUCAAUAUUUACAGAGGCUUGUCAAGUACAAAGAUUCUGCUAUAAUUGUAUUGAACAAGCCUCCAAGAUUGCCAGUGAAGGGUAAUCUUCCACUUCACAAUAGCAUGGACGCAUUGGCAGCUGCUGCUUUGUCUUAUGAUUAUGAUGAGGGCCCCAAGUUGGUGCAGCGCCUUGACAGAGAGAGCAGCGGUCUCCUCUUAAUGGGGCGGACAAAGGAAAGCAUUGAUCAUCUUCAGUGGUUAUUUAGCGACGUAAAUAAAUCAAACUCUCGGUGUAAGGCUUGGAAUGAUGCAUGUAAAGCAACAUAUCAACGGUACUGGGCAUUGGUUAUAGGCUCUCCCAAGGAAAAAGAAGGCUUAAUUCGAGCUCCUCUUUCAAAGGUGCUUCUUAAUGAUGGGAAGACCGAGAGAGUCGUCUUGGCUCAGCAUUCAGGUUUGGAAGCUUCCCAAGAAGCUUUAACUGAGUAUCGGGUGCUAGGUCCUAGAAUAAAUGGAUGCUCAUGGAUUGAGCUACGUCCCCUUACAAGCCGAAAGCAUCAGCUCAGGGUACAUUGUGCUGAAGCUCUUGGGACUCCCAUUGUUGGUGAUUAUAAAUAUGGUUGGUGUGUGCACCAGAGAUGGAAGCAAAUGCCUCGAGUUGAUAUAGAGCCAUUUUCUGGGAAACCAUACAAGUUGCGUAGGCCAGCAGGUCUAGAUGUUCAGAAGGGAAGUGUCUUGUCAAAGGUCCCCUUGCUACAUCUUCAUUGUAGGGAAUUUGUACUUCCUAACAUUGCAAAAUUCCUAGCUGUUUUAAAUGAAAAGUCAGAGAACAUUCACCCUGCACUUGAUGCAAAGCCAGAUCUUCUCCGCUUUGUGGCAUCAAUGCCAACCCACAUGAAAAUUAGUUGGAAUCUCAUGUCCUCCUAUCUGGUGUAAGGAUAACAAGUAGUUGGUUUUCUAGAGCUUGACUUAUAUACUGAUUUAGGCUUUCUGAUCACGUACAUAUCUUUGUUAUUUUUUUUUGUCUGUGAAUUUAUGCUAGGAAUUUCCAUCCAAUAUUGUUUCAAAACACUAUUUUUUGCGUCAUCUUAAAAAUGUGUUAGGGAAUGUAUUAGGUAAUGUUCUUACCAGAAAACUGGCGCAAUAUAUUCUACCUCAACAAUGGGAAAUAAAAACAAAAUUACAGUUGUAUGUGAAGGUGUUUCUGUUAUCUGGCUCAUUAUUAUAUCCAUUGCAAGAUUGUAAUUUCAGAUGGCCUUCUUAUCAUACCCUGAGGUUACAAGAUGAACCUGCCAUGCCCUGAAUUGAAUGUACAUAUUUGCGGUAAGUGGUAUUAGCCUUGUUUGUCUGUUUCAACUGUACCUGUCAUAUUGUGAGAAUUGUUUCUGGGAUAACUUCAUUGUGGUCUUUGAAAUCAUCAUUGAGAUUUAACAGUCAAUUUGAAUUUGUGUUGAUAAUAUCACAUGGGAAGAUUUUUCUUUUUAAAAUCUUUUUUUGUUCGUUUGCUGACUAAAUUUUCCAAGUCAUGCUUAAUUGUAGACUUGGAUUGAAUUAUAGUUGACUAAAGACACCAAAAACCAAGCUGAAGUUUUGUUUAUUGCAAUCUAGCAACGGUGACCUUAUGAAGUACAAAUUAAACAUGACUUAUAUCUUUAUGUGAAAAAUGGAUGUUUAGCUACUGAAUUUAAAGUCAGUGAUAGGUUCAAUGACCUUGGAUGAAACUAAGCCAAUAAUUUUCUUGGAAAUAUUUCUUAGGGAUUAAAGAAAAGAUGUAGGUUUUAUCAGGUGUAUUUUGUUGAAGGAUUUUUUGUUGCUCUGUGUUUCUUCAAUAUUUCAGAAAAUAUUAAUCUAAUGACAAAACAAGUAAUUUGUUUGAUUCCCUUCACUUUCUAUUUUAUGUUCUCCUUAUAUGAAAUUUGAAGGCUAUUUAGGGAUUUGUAUUGUAACCUGUGAAAACAUAUGACAAACGUCUGCAGGUGAUUAGGGUUGUCCAUAUAUGUAUGCUAAUGUUAAUUUUUAUUGUGGCAAGGUUUUUCACUUGUAUGCAAUGUUAUUGGUCAGGGUCCCUUCACUUGUCUUCACUUCACAGUUCUCUUGCAGCAACCAGCUUCUGAUCUUGUACAAACUGAAGCAGUGUCCAAUGCUGCUGGCUUAGCAACUGUAUGUAUUAUCGAAUCACUCUACACAUUUGGAUGUCACAUAAGCACUUUCCACAGCGUCGACGAAACGCCGGGGCCUCCAUUUUCUUCGGAUGUUGAAGAGACAGAAUAAUUCAAGGAGAGACAGAGACAUUGGAGCUUUAUACUUCCGGAUAUGUUCCAAGUGAAUCAAAGAAAUUAUUGGCUUGCAAUCCUGAGUAAGUCUUAUUUACUUCUGGAAAGGAUGUUCAGAUGAUCACAUUAAUGUUAUAUUGCUAAUGUGAAAUUUUAUGGACUUUGCAACUUUUAAA